CCUCCUGGCAGCGCAGGGCAGCUCUUUCCCAGCUCCCGGGGCGGGUGGGUGCUGCCGGCAGCCGCUCGGGGCGCGCACUCCCCACCUGCUCCCGCGGGCCGCGGGGCUUUGUCCGCCGCCAUUCAGCGCCAGCCGAGCGUGCAGGGGAGGCUGCGGCUGCCUUUGUGCCGCCACCUUCCCCGAUUGGCUCCGGAGUGUGGGAAACACCAGCGAGCCGCAGACCCACAGCCUGGCAGUCGGCUCCGGCGCUAUAAAUAGCGGGCGGAGGCAGCUGCGGGCAGCGCUUCUGCCGGCCGUGCCCUGCCAGCCUCCCCCUCGGCACCGAUGGCUCCCGGCGCUGCGCUCAUGGAGCCUGAGAACCUGCUGACGCCCAAGGAGAAAAACAAACUGAGGAAGCCGGUGGUGGAGAAGAUGCGCCGCGACCGGAUUAACAGCAGCAUCGAGCAGCUGAAGCUGCUCCUGGAGAAGGAGUUCCAGAGGCACCAGCCCAACUCCAAGCUGGAGAAGGCAGACAUCCUGGAGAUGACUGUCAGCUACCUGAAGCAGCAGAGCCAGCUGCAGAUAAAGACUGCAGCAUCAUUCCACAAAAGCUCUCAGUUUGACUUCAGAGAGGGCUACUCUAGGUGCCUGCAAGAAGCUUUCCACUUCCUUUCUCUUCACAAAGUCCGAACUGAAACACAGACCAAACUUUUAAGCCACUUCCAGAAGAGCCAGUCAGCUGCCACGGAGCUCCCCUUCUCUCCUGGGAACCCCAGCACCCUGAAGCAAGCCUCUCCAAAGGACACCAGUGCUCUCUGGAGGCCCUGGUAGCCAGGGGAGUCCUCACUUGAUGGACCAGUCCAGAGGAAGGAUCUGACUGCAUCUGCCAGCCCAGCUCCCAUCCUCUUUUCUGUAGGGAAUUUGAUCUCCCGGGGUGUUUUAUUUAUGUGUGAAAAGAAUGGCUAACUUUUGACUCUGGUGGGAUCCCGGGGCAAAAGUUGAGGCAUUCUGUGGGUGGUGAAGCUGUGGGGACACUGCUGCCUUGUGGAGGGUGUCUUGAGUACCUGUCACAGCUGUGACAGGUGAGGAUUGCUGUAGGAGAGGUUUCUCUCUCGUUGCUUGUAAAAGCCAUCAGCUUUGCUCUGGUUUGGCAGCACUUGUUGCUCAGUCACUGGAGGAUAAAUUUACUCCUCUUUGGUUAGAAUCAGUUUCCCUCUGUUUGCUUCAUAGGUGGGGUUUGAUUUGGUCUGAGUGGGGUUUUUUUUCCCCCCCAUAACCCUUUCAUAGUCCUAAUGUGAUGGAGGCAGAGGAGCUGGGAAACUAUGUGGAACAUUUCUACUCUUUUGCUGCUUUUUUUCCUUGAGAAAAAGGUUCUGUUAGUGCCUUAUGUUAAAGAGCAGGAGGAGGGGGAAGGCUGGAUUUGUCAAUGUUAUACAUUUUGAGGGUAAGCUAUGCUUUUUCUAGCAUGUUCAUUAUAAUAAUGAUAUUUAUUAUUGUCUGCAUUGAGUGGUUUUAAUUCAUGCUGGAUAAUGUUUUUCCCAGUGCUGGGACUGCCCCCUGGCUGCUGUGCAUACUGUGUAUGCAUCUCUGUUGUGUGUAGAGAGCAAUAAAAUGCAUUUCUGUGCAA